AUGAACCAGAACAGCCCUCAUGCAACCCCCACCAACCCGCCUGUGGGCACCAAAACACCCACCCGCAUACCCAUUCAUCACGUCAAGCGGGAUGGUGGGAUCCCGCUCUCUACCUUAAUGGAUGUCGUCUACCCGGACGGGAUGGCCAUGGGGGAUGGGUACAGCAGAUGCUUUGCCUAUCUGUACCGACUGGCCCUUGAGCUGGGCGCCAUUGAGAGCGCCCCGGCGCCCCAGGGUACCCAGCCCGGAAUUAGAAAGCUCGGCAAUAACCGCCGCGAGAUGCUGCAGGGUAUGAUCACUGCGAAGCAAGAGCGCUCGUUCUGGAUUCUCUGGAAAUGGUGGCGUGCAUGCUCGUAUACCUGCGUUGCCAUCGAUGAAGACGAGCUGUUCGGCGGCCCCGUCGACGAUGACACCGAUAGCGACCCAGAGGCACACUUCUACCCCCAGGUCAACAAAGUGCGCCAAAAGAUUCACGAAGCCGAGGGCGUCAAGUACGAGCUGCGCUUCGACAGCGUCUAUAAUACAGCCCUGGCCUUCUUGUUCAAUGCUGAGUUCGACAACUUUGAGAUAUACCGAAGCGGCGAAGAUCUUGUCGCCCAACGAGAGUACGCCGCCCAAGGCGCCGCAUGUCUGAAUGUAGCCCUAGAAUCUUUGACCGAGGGAAACCCUGCAAUCCCAAGGUUCGGAGACGACCCUCUCGAUCACCGGUCGGAGCUGCGUCCGAAGUCCCAGAUUCCCAGGAGAUGCCUUGGUCAGGAUGAUCUUUCGGGACUGGAUCGUCGCUGUACCACUGGUUCCAGCAUCGAAUCUUGCCCCUGGCUGACUGAAAUUGUCGGGUUUCCCUUCUACCUCUGGGACACGAAGCAGAGGAAGACUGUGGAGGCGGCGCAUUUGCUAGACACAUACGAUUAUGAUAUACCAUAUACCGCCAUCAGCCAUACCUGGGGCCGAUGGCGGGAAAGGAGCAAGCCAGGCGUGAACAUGAAACCCAACGUACCCUGGCUCGUUCCGCAGAACACGCUGUUCGAUGUCAACACCUUGCCCGAUAUUCUGGCCCAAGUGCCGACUGAUACGCCAUACAUCUGGUUCGAUCUGGUGUGCAUUCCCCAGGAAGACUGUGGCGAGAUUCUCGACCCGCAGCUCAGAAAGACCCUGGUAACUGAGAUUGCCAGCCAGGCCGCUAUAUUCAAGGGUGCUAAACAUGCUAUCGCGUGGUGGAAUACUGAAAUAUCGCCCGACACUUGGGAUGGCAUGCGCAGCGCGAUCCGCUGGAUGUCUUCGGUCUACCUCAAUCUGGAGUUCGGUAAUGAGCGGCCAGUCAAAGUACCGCGCGGCGACGGCGUGGAUGCACCAGCGACUGGUAUGUUCUCUUCGAAAGAGAAGAAGACGAUGCCCUGGUUCAGCUCCUUAUGGACGCUACAGGAGGUCUGCCUGCGGCCUGACAUCUGGCUCUGCACCAAGAACUGGGACCUUCUGACGGUGGGCGAGGGAACACUGGUCGCUUUCAACACUGUCGUCGCCCUCACCAAAAGGGUUAUUGAUAUCGUCGUCGAUGGGGCGGGUGACGCAACUGUGCCGGCGCAAUAUCUACCCGCAAAAUGGGAAGGCCACUAUCACCACGGAUUCCUGGAGCUGGUCGAGCUUCUGAACCGAACAGGCAUGGACGAUCUGCACCGGCUCAAGCGGGAGCAUAUUCUGUUCCUCGCGACCAGUCGGCACUGUAGCCACAGCCGGGCGCAGGCUAUCAUGUCGGUGCUGGGUAUGAAGGCGUGGUAUGACCCCGACGCACGCGAACAACGGCAACCAGGCAAGCCGGGAUUCGUAUUUGACCAGUAUCCGCUGUGCUUUGUUGAAGAAGUGGCCACCAAUCUGCAGUCCGCGUUCUUCACGGCGGUGCUGACCGACCCGCCGGUCACGCAACACGACCAGGCGCGAGGAACCAUGCUGCCGUUUCGGGCCAACAUGGACGAGCAGAAGAUUCUCGCCGUGCCACACUUGGAGGCGACCGAUCACCCGUCAGUCGCAACGUGGAGGAUCCGUGGCGAUGGGACGGUGCUCCUGGAGGAUGUCGAGAUCCUCUUCUCGUCGGAGUCCAGCGACGCCGGGUUCCCAUACCUGAAGUGUUUCUUCCAGCUGAGCGUAGACGUGCCACGGCCGAUUGUGAAAAGAGAACGCCUGCAGCCGCAGGGGGAGAUGCACCACGGCAGUCUGAAGCGAUGGAUCAAGGAGAUUAUCCCCGAGAUAUAUGGGGCGGGUCUGUACUAUGCGGUUCAUCUGCGGAUCAGGAAGGGCGGAUGGGACGGGCUGCUGUUGAAGAGUACCGGUCAGAGCCCGCCGCGGAUGUUCAAGAUCGGGAACGUGCAUGCCCUGACGCUGCUGGAGGGCAAGGAGUAUCUGCCGCGAUGUCCGGUGCAGGCUGUGAACUGGAUCGUGCUGUGA